GAUGGCGUGGGCUUCUCUCUCUCUCCCUCUCUCUCUCUCCUUCCUCCAGCCUGCCCAGCAUCAUCACUCGCUUCGCAGCAACAGCCUCGUACGGCUUCAUCCUCCUCCUCAUCCUCAUCCUUCAUCACCACCAUCUCCGCGCUGAGGAGGCACCGAGCGUCGCAGGAACUGAAGACAAGAAAGGCCUGUUGUCAGUCGAGUGAACUGAAAGUCAACUCUUCAAAUCUCGGAGGUGUAUCCUGAACGUUCAGGAGGCCUCUUCACACAACCUUAGACCACCUGUGUGUCUCCUGAACCUCUUUAAAAUGGAGGAAGGCUACCAAAACCGGACUGCUUUCAUUAAAGGUGCCAAAGACAUUGCCAAAGAGGUCAAGCGGCAAGCCUCUAAGAAGGUUGGGCGUUCAGUGGAUCGGAUGACCGAUGAAUAUAGCAAGCGCUCCUACAGUCGCUUUGAAGAGGACGAUGACGACGACUACCCAGUGCAGGGCAGCCAGGAUGGAGGUUACUACCGUGGAGACAGCCAGGCGGCCAAUGACGAUGAGGGCGGCCACAGUGACUCCACAGAGGGUCACGAUGAGGAUGAUGAGAUCUACGAGGGCGAGUACCAAGGAAUUCCCAGGGCUGAGUCGGGCAAAGGCAGCCUGGCUGGUGGGCCGGGCUCCGUGGAUGUCGGCGCUCAGCAGUUCAGAGAUAUCGGGGUGUCCGAGGCCGAGAGGAGGAAGGACCAGGAGGUGCUGGCUCAACAGUACGAGACCAUUUUGCAAGAAUGUGGUCACGGGAAGUUCCAGUGGACCCUGUACUUUGUGCUGGGACUGGCUCUCAUGGCCGAUGGUGUUGAGAUCUUUGUGGUCGGCUUUGUCCUCCCCAGCGCUGAGAAGGAUAUGUGCCUGUCUGAACCGAACAAAAGCAUGCUGGGUCUGAUCGUAUAUUUUGGGAUGAUGGUAGGGGCUUUCCUCUGGGGGGCUCUGGCUGACCGGAUAGGCCGUCGGCAGUCUCUUCUCAUCUCGCUCUCCAUCAACAGCAUUUUCUCCUUCUUCUCCUCCUUCGUCCAGGGCUACAGCACCUUUCUGUUUUGCCGGCUCCUCUCAGGUGUUGGGAUCGGUGGAUCGAUUCCCAUCGUGUUUUCCUACUAUUCUGAAUUUCUGUCCCAAGAAAAGCGCGGCGAGCACCUCAGUUGGCUCUGCAUGUUCUGGAUGAUCGGGGGAAUAUACGCAUCUGCUAUGGCCUGGGCUAUUAUCCCUCAUUACGGAUGGAGUUUCCAGAUGGGCUCGGCGUAUCAGUUCCAUAGCUGGCGUGUGUUUGUGUUGGUGUGCGCAUUUCCGUCUGUUGCUGCCAUCGCCACCCUCAGCGCCGUGCCAGAGAGCCCACGCUUCUAUCUGGAGAACGGUAAACAUGACGAAGGCUGGAUGAUUCUGAAGCAAGUUCACGACACAAACAUGAGAGCAAAGGGACACCCAGAGAAGGUGUUUUCUGUCACCACCAUCAAGACGGUGAAACAGAUUGACGAGUUGGUGGACACUGGCACCGACACUCCGGUUUGGCAACGCUACAGACUGAAGAUUAUGAGCCUCUCCCAACAGAUUCGUAACAACAUUCUCGCCUGCUUCAGCCCUGAAUACAAACGGACUACAUUCAUGCUCAUGGCUGUUUGGUUCACCAUGUCUUUCAGCUAUUACGGCCUGACAGUGUGGUUCCCAGACAUGAUCAAGUACAUCCAGAAGCAGGAGUAUGAAUCAAAGACAAAGACCUUCACCAAGGAACGGGUGGACCACGUCACUUUUAAUUUCACACUGGAAAACCAAGUGCAUCGCCAAGGGCACUACUUCAAUGACAAGUUCCUCAACCUGAAAAUGAAAUCGAUGGUGUUUGAAGACUCUGUGUUUGAGGAGUGCUACUUCGAGGACAUCACCUCCACACACACCUUAUUUAAAAACUGCACCUUCGUUGCAAGUUUGUUCUACAACACAGAUUUGUUCAAAUACAGGUUUGUCAACUGCAAACUGGUCAACAGCACGUUCCUCCACAACAAGGAGGGCUGCAUGCUCGACUUCAGCGACGACUUCAACAAUGCCUACAUGAUAUACUUUGUCAACUUCCUCGGCACACUGGCAGUGUUGCCUGGCAACAUUGUGUCGGCUCUAUUAAUGGAUAAGAUUGGUCGUUUACGAAUGUUGGCGGGAUCCAGCGUCAUUUCUUGUGUCAGCUGUUUCUUCCUGAUGUUCGGCAACAGUGAGUCGGGGAUGAUCGCUCUCCUGUGUCUGUUCGGUGGCAUCAGCAUCGCCUCGUGGAACGCCCUGGAUGUGAUAACAGUGGAGCUCUACCCCUCGGAUAAAAGGUGCACAGCGUUUGGCUUCUUGAAUGCUCUCUGUAAGCUGGCGGCCGUCCUGGGCAUCAGCAUCUUCCAGUCAUUCGUUGGCAUCACCAAGGCCGUUCCCAUCCUAUUUGCUGCCGGCGCGCUCGCUGCAGGUAGUUUCCUUGCAACCAAGUUGCCUGAAACGAGAGGCCAAGUGUUGCAGUAAAGCAGGUGACCAGCAGUGGGCAGGAGAGUACAGCUGGAGUGUGUUUGACCAC